ACGUCCCAAUCCUCAUCAGCGGUUGAUUAAAGGCGGUGGGGGCAGGGAUCAAACGCGCCGCAUCUCCAAGCGUGUGUGUGAGUGUGUAUGCCUGCACUGAGGCAACCCGCACACAGCCGACAGACAAUAAACUAGCUUAGCCGGGACAAAAACAGCAGAAAAAUGGCCGGUGGCAGCUCCCUGGAAGCCGUGAAGAAGAAAAUCAAGUCGUUGCAGGAGCAGGCCGAUGCUGCGGAGGACCGGGCAGCGUUAUUACAGCGGGAACUGAACCAGGAGAGGAGUUCGAGGGAAACAGCUGAGGGUGAUGUAGCUUCACUGAACAGACGUAUCCAGCUGGUUGAGGAGGAGUUGGAUCGUGCUCAGGAGCGUCUGGCCACAGCUCUGACCAAGCUGGAGGAGGCUGAGAAGGCUGCUGAUGAGAGCGAGAGAGGCAUGAAGGUCAUUGAGAACAGGGCAAUGAAGGACGAGGAGAAGAUGGAGCUGCAGGAGAUCCAGCUUAAGGAGGCCAAACACAUUGCUGAGGAGGCUGACCGCAAAUACGAAGAGGUGGCCCGUAAGCUGGUGAUCAUUGAGAGUGACUUGGAACGUACAGAGGAGCGUGCUGAGCUGUCUGAGAGCAAAUGCUCUGAGCUUGAGGAGGAGCUGAAGACCGUGCAGAACAACCUGAAGUCUCUGGAGGCCCAGGCAGAGAAGUACUCACAGAAGGAGGACAAGUACGAGGAGGAGAUCAAGGUCCUGACAGACAAGCUGAAGGAGGCUGAGACCCGUGCUGAGUUCGCUGAGAGAUCAGUCGCCAAGCUUGAGAAGACCAUCGAUGACCUGGAGGACCAUCUAUACAAGCAGAUUGAGAAUAACCGUCUUCUGACCAAUGAGCUGAGAGUAGCCUUAAACGAGGCAUAAACUGGAACGGGCUCUCGUAUGCAUUAAUUUUACUGAAACUCGAAUGUCAAGGAAUAUUGUCUAAUGCUGUUAUAAAAAAACGAGUAUCGGCAAAGGGGUCUGUGACACAGCUACACUAAACAAGCAACGCUUUCAAUAAAUGGGAGUACCAGUGGAAGAUUUUCACAUAAUGCAUGUUCAAACUGCAGUUUUUAAGUGGGAGGUCAGGAAACCUCAGUUUAGCAAAAUUAUGGAUUGGGGUUGAUAAAGUUUGUCAGUUAUUGUCAGGGCUGUAGCGCAUGGAUUGGGAUGUGAUCUGCGCUGUGCUGCUGUUUGUGGGGUGAAGGCUGAUGCUGGUUCUUGAAGCCCACAGCUGUGGAAAAUUUAAAAUCUCACAAGGAAUCUAAAACUCUUCCUCAAUUCUUGAACCACAGUCAAGUUUUCAGCUCAAAAAUUCAAUUACAAACUGAUGUAGUGCUUUCACCAAUGGUGUGUUCAAAGAAGUUUAACUUGCUCUGCUUUGUUGCAAUUGGAUGUAGUUCACUAGUUUUUAUUGGUAGCAUUUCAUGUCAGUUUUUUGAGUUGAGUUUAACACAUUUGAUUUUGAUGAUGUUUCUGAACUUGUGAUCUUCUCAAGCAAAUCUGAGUGGGCAUAAUGGACUGUCUCCACCCCCUCUUACCAGAAAUGCCUUAUAUGUAGACUAUUAAAUCUAUUUAAGGCUAAAAUGUAGCACAGGUGGAGAUUUUAUUAUUUGGCAUGUAGCAGCAAGGAUGCAGUGUUAUGUGCCUACUAAAUGACAGAGCGGCCUGUUUGGACCACUCUGAAACCUGCAGGUGCUGCAUUUCUCAGAAAUCAAAUGAUCACACAUGGAAUGUAUAAUGAUGAUAAAGACAGAAUAGUAUUGGACCUAAUUGUGGAGGGAAAUGGAUGUCUAUGCGUAAAGGGGACAUCCAUCAUUUAGGAUUUAAUCAGAGCUCAGAUUAAAUUUUUGAAGUUAGCUUUUUUUUGUUGUUGUUUAACCUAAAAACUGUUUGGUGAGAGUGCUUGGACUUGAUAAUGUAAGCCAUGUGCAUCAUUCAAAUCCACUGCCAGGUCAAACUUGACUGGAAAAUGGACCAUCCUUUGUUCCCAGACACAGCUCAUGCAGUCCUGGCUACAGCCCUGUCUAUAGCUGAAGUGUCACAUUUACAGUAUGAUUCCUUGUCAAAAUGGAAUUUCGGUUUUGUGGAAUUGGCUCACAGUUAACUAACAUAAGUUGUGGGGAUGUAUUCACGUAAUGAAUGUUGAUCUUCUACCAAAAACUGACACUGGGAGGUGAAAUUUCUCAAUCUUAUGAGGUUUGCAGCAACACCCAGCACGUUUGUCACUGUUACACUGAACUAGAGCUUUGUCUGUUUAUACUCUGCUUCUUUGCACCAUCUGUUUUUAUGGUUUUUUUUUAACUAAUGCAAUGCAAUGCUAUAUUAACAGAUAAACUCAGACGUGCAAAAGAAGAGGGCCUGAGCAUAAAGCAGAUGCUGGAGCAGACUCUAAUGGAGAUGGUUAACCUUUGACCCAGCUCUGGUCCUCUACCCCACAUUGCUUCAUGUGCUCUGAACAUGGCUGGUUCCCGCAUACAGCUGCUACUCAUAAUGUGGGGACUUGUGUCUAUUUGUCUCCUCUGACCUUGUCAACUUGAAGACACUAGCUCUACGCAAGGUAGCAGAAUGAGCUUUGGUGAGCUAAAGUUCAACUACACUGUUCGUAACGCACUGUAUUCAAAGGUCAGUUUAAAUUCACUGUAUAUCGCUAAUGGUUUACAUGAAUAUGUUGGGAAUUAGCACUUUUUGGGGAAAAUACUGCACAUAAUCAUCAUGAAUGAAGCCAUAAUUUAAGCCAAGGUUAUAUAAAAGGGAAUUUUAUUAUAUGUACUCUUGUAAAGUUGCUCGUGUGUCCAUUUCUUCUGUAUUGUGAAUUCCGUGUCAGUGAUGCUGUUCACUUCCAGUUUAGUGAGGAAGAAGUUCUUAGAAUGGUUGCGAAUGUACUGUGUUGUUUCAGCUAAGCGGAAGACAUGCUUUUGCGCUAUAUUCACGUUUCUGUUGCUUGUCUUGAUGUUUUCUAAAAACUUGUUUGAUUUUUGUCUCUCCCAUUUUAUCUUGGAAAUGUAAAAAUCACGAAUAAAAAGUUGAAUCAA